UGAUCAGUUCGUUACCAAACAAGCCACGAGUCGGGUCACCUGGGGAUUGUUGUUUGGCCGGACCUGUGAACAACAACUCCGUCCCCUCACAGGUAAAGACUGCGGCGAGUAAACAUGGUUUCCGUGAAGUCUGAUCUCAGAGCGCUCGCUGUGAUACGUCUCUCACUCGGAUUAGUGAUCUUCGGCACAAGUGUGGUCACCGCUACGGAAGGUACCAAUCAUGUUUGCGAGAACUUGCCGACCAUACAGUUCGGGAGACCGUCCACACAUCAACCAGCCAGCAAACACUACCGUCCUGAAGAGCACGUGGCAUUUGUGUGCCAAGCGGGCUUCAAGUUUAAUCCGAACUUCAACACGGUCACGUGUAACAGCAACGGCAGCUGGUCUCAGCCUCCCAACUGUGAGCCGGCACAGUGCACAUGGCACACGGCACAGCCCAGCGGCGGUGUGUUCAUGAUCCGGCAGGCCAUCCACGAUCUACACGCGCACCAGCUAGUGCAGCUGAACUCAUACAACUUGCCCGCUGUGGAUAGGCCCUAUCUAUAUAGCUCAGUCGUGAUUCUCACAUGCCAGCGUGGCUUUGUCUUGGUGGACAAGUCCAUCACAUCAACACGCUGCCAGGCUAACGAACAGUGGACCACACCAUUGCCAGCAUGCAAGAAGAUCUUCUGCACCGUACCGUCAUUCCCACCAAACACUCUCCGUGGCAUUGGCUACAGUAGUCAAUACCGGCCAGGUUCCCGUGUACCACUGGAAAGCGUGAUUCGUACGCAGUGCCAGCCCGGGUAUGCAGCCGGUGGUAUCAACGCAGCAGUGCAGUAUCAACAGUGCAGGGAGAACAACCAGUGGAGUCCCAUUGAGCGGUGCGUUCUCGUUACAUGUCCGCCACCACCGAUAGUGGCCAACGCCUCCCCGAUACAGGCACGGGCAAAUUACUCGUCCGGUGAUUACGCCACAUAUGUGUGCAACCCCGGAUACAGGUUUUCAACCGGGUUCCGAGCCAGGUCACUAUGCACUGGCAAAGGGACGUGGUAUCGCAUUGAACCAUGUCAACGCGUCACCUGUCCGCGCUUGUCCAUACCACUCAAUGGCCAGGUACUGCUCAGCAAAAAGACUGCCGUAGUCGGUACCGAGGCAAGCUACUCCUGUCAUUCUGGCGCAGUGUUGAUCGGCAGCGACAGCCGGCAUUGCAGCUGGGAUGGGACGUGGACCGGAACAGAUCCGACAUGCAUCGAUUGCCAAGAUGUGAUCGGCAAUGCAAGCUCACUGCAAGGCCAACAACCGACAAUGCAGCAGCCAUUCCGAUGGCAAGUGGCACUCUGGACCAAGCGACCGCACAAGGGCACGCCAAACUUGAUCUGCCCCGGCGCCCUGAUCCACAAGCGCUUUGUGAUCGUCGCCGCGUACUGUCUGCAGAACGUCACGCAGUACGAGCUGCGUGCAGAGCAGGUGGUUGUUCGCUAUGGAGACAUGACACGGUCAGCAUUUCAGCGGUCAAUCUGGGCAGUGCAUCUCCAACCAGGCAGCACGCCUGCUGCUACUACCGGUAGUACGGGCGGCGGCAGCGGAGACGGUAGUAAGCUGGCGGUGCUCGUCCUGCAUAAGAGAAUCCGACUGGGCAGAGAGGUGUCCGCUACACCAAGCCUGCAAGUGGACAUGGCAACAAUGACAUGCCUGACGUCGGCACAAAGCACUGCCGUCGUCAGCCAGUUGUCACAGGAUGCAGGUCGAAUUCAUCACCACCCGCAGCGCGUACGAAUUGAGCGAUGUCCGAGCACGCUGACAAGUCCCAGUUCAGCCUGCCUGAGCAGUGUAGCGGGGCGGGUGUGCCAGCGUGCACCAGGUGGACUUGUGGUCUCGUACGAUGGCCGCAGGUGCAGCAAGGGUGACAGCAGUAGCAGCAGCAGCUGCUGGGUACUGACUGGAAUACUAAACCGAACACCAACCAGGCAGGCAUGCCAAUCGCAUUCGGCUGUCACGUGGCUCCAAUCAUCGACCACCUGGCUUAAUCAAAUCAUCAAAUGCGAGCAAGCCAGCAGCAGAGAGGCACCAGGGGCCUCAACCUGCAAGUGUAAGCAGUAAACAAGUCGCGGUAACUCGCCCAAACUCUGGUCUGCAAACAUUUUAAUUCCUAUCACAGAUUUCUUCAGGGUUCAUCUAUUCUACAAACUACCAAUAUGACGCAAACGAACUGUCUAACAAUAAGGACUGAUUGACAAAAGCAAUUGUCUAAGGCCAAAA